AUGGAAUCCGUUUACUCAUUGCUCACUCAACGCGCCGUCGCAUUGCAGCAAGCAGCCAGAACCCAGAACAGUACAGACUCCCAGAAAUGGCGAAUUAUCAUAGCUCUAGCAGGACCGCCAGGCUCUGGGAAAUCCACCAUUGCCCGGGAAGUCGCACAACGACUGAAUGCCCUCCACGAAGACUCUGCAACCGUUGUGCCGAUGGACGGUUUUCACUAUACACGCGCAAAGCUGGAUACGUUCCCCAACGCAGAGGAAGCACAUGCCCGUCGCGGCGCGGCAUGGACAUUUGAUGCCGAUGGUGCAGUCGCGCUCUUCACUGAACUGCGAACCUCCAGCACAGUCGACGCGACCACACCCGCUACCAUAUAUGCCCCCAGUUUCGACCAUGCGACAAAAGACCCGAUUCCUCGCGAUAUUGCUAUACCUCCUACUGUCUCAACCGUCAUUCUGGAGGGCAAUUGGCUACUCUACGACGAAGAACCGUGGCGGCAAAUCAAUCAACUUGUGGACGAGUCUUGGUUUGUAGACGUGGAUGUCCAAGUAGCAAAAGCUCGAAUCGCGAGACGGCAUGUAGAGAGCGGUGUAGAGACCACUUUGGAGGCUGCAUUGGCACGAGCAGAAGCAAAUGAUAUUCCCAACGGCGAUGAGGUGAGGGGAAAGCUCAUGGCUCCUACAAUAACGGUCUGGAGUGUUGAUGAGGAGUCUCAGGUGAUGCGAGAAACCAGAGAGUCCGAAAUUUAA